AUGUCCCCAGGAGCCUGGAUGGCGGGGCAGAGGAGACCAGGCCGCAGUGGCCUCAUUCCCUGGAGGCCACAUCCAGCCCUGCCUUUCCCAGACUUCCUGCCUCUGGGGAGCCGGGCCGCGGAGGGUCAGAGUUCUGAGCGGGAGGAGACACAGACCCACGGGGAGGUCAGACGGGAGUUCACUGUGGCGGAUCCCAGACUAAACAGCCUGGGGGAGCAGUGGAAGCCUUCGGGUUCCCUCCACAAGUGUGUCCUAGGCAGGACCCUCUGGUCUUGGCUUCUAGAAAUCCAUCACUCUGUAGGCUUUGCUCUGUGGCCCACGUCCGCGGCAGGGCUGGUGCUAGGGCUGGGCCCACCGCCCACCGCCUCCUCCAUCUGCCUGCAGGAGGGUGGCAUGCUGUGCCGCAGCCAGAAGGACUUCUGA